CGGCAGAGGGGACGGGAGAGGGGACGGGAGAGAGGGCGGGAGAGAGGGCAGGAGAGGGAACGGCACCGGACACGGCGGCCGGUGAGAGAAGGGGUUCUUGAAAACUGACCUGCCAGCCACGCUUCCUCCAUUCUUUCCCCAUUUUGUUUUGACUUCUUUUUUUCUUUUUCACAGUUUGAGAUACCCGUUACUUUUGCGAAACCUGACCCCGUUUCCGGUCGGCCAGAUGGAUGGAGAACACAGGUGUAAUAUGAAUGGUUAAUGCUGCUGGCUGGUAUUAUUUCGGGCUUUGGGGGUUUGCGUCAUCUUGAGGGGUGGAGUAAGGAUGGAAGGGAUUACGGUUCGGGCGGUGACUGCAGGUUGUGAGGAUAAGGUACCGUCUGGGCUAGACGCUGGCGUUUGGGAGGCUGGCUGAUUGUUUUUUUUUUCUUGCUGUAUGGUUUGGUUUGGUUUGGUUCGGUUGGAUUUGGUUCGGUUCGGCUUAUGGUUAUUUGGGUACCGACCGACACAGCAUUUACAGGGUGCAACUUUGCUUUUUGGAGCGGUUGGGUUUGGCUUGUAAUCUUUAUUUGUUUUUGUUCUUGUAAGGGGUUCAACACCAGAAUGUGUAUACACUAUUGUAGGGGAUAUGAUCUAGUGGUUGGUUGUUCACCCAGGAAAGGACAGUUGCGCUGGGAGGCAUUUGUGGGAGGUUCGAGUUGUUAUUGGCAAGAGAACAGGGAGAGACGUUCUUUACUAUGGCGGGGAUCACGUAAACACAUAUAUAAAUUGUUGAAGUUUGUAUUGCGCACAGUUAUGGAUGUCCCCGCAGCUCCCGGGUGGUGACAUGUCUCUCGUGUGGUUGAUGGAAGCGUUGGGAUUUGUGGGGUCGCACAUUGUUCACCAUACUCAUUCUUAGCGUAGGACAGGUCGGGGAAAAAGCAGACAAGGUUGUGAUACGUCCGUACUCGGUCCUCUAUCCUGGCUUCCUGCUCUCAAUCACGACCUUUGAGUGUUGCCGCAAGGUGGCUCGACAGGGUACUGGGGUGAAACUCUUGGUGAAACUGAAGGUGUGAGGUCCCGAUUUAC